AUGUACUUGCCGUGGGAUCGCCUGCUAGACAUACCUUGUAAAGUGUGCGGCGAUCGAAGUUCCGGCAAACAUUACGGCAUCUACAGUUGUGAUGGUUGUUCCGGCUUCUUCAAACGCAGCAUUCAUCGGAAUCGCAUUUACACCUGCAAAGCAACUGGCGACCUAAAAGGUCGCUGCCCCGUUGACAAAACGCAUCGCAAUCAAUGUCGUGCUUGUCGGCUGGCUAAAUGCUUUCAAUCGGCCAUGAAUAAAGAUGCCGUUCAGCAUGAGCGUGGCCCCCGCAAGCCAAAGCUACAUCCACAGCUGCACCACCAUCAUCCCCACCAUCCGCAUCAUCAUCAUCACCAUCAUCACAAUGGUUUGGCGGCGCAUCAUGCUCAUCACCAUCCCGGCCACCAUUUGCCCGUCUCGCUGGUGACCAAUGUGUCAGCCUCCUUCAAUUACACAUCGCACAUUUCCACCCACCCUGUGCAGGGUUUCCAACCACCAGCACACCCAACCGCCUUCCAUCAUCCCGGACAUGCGCUGGUGCAACAUAAUGCUUUGCAAAAUGGCGUACCGCCACAUCCACCAUUGCACUUUCCGCCACAUCUGCUGCCGCACAUGCAUCACAAUCUCAUCGCAGAGGCCACGAGCAAGUUGCCAAGCAUGUCGUCAACAGCGACAGCUUCUACCGCUGCCACCAUUGUAGGUGCGGUAAGCGCUGCGGCGACUGUCGCUCCACAUCCACCGCCACCCAAGCAUAUGCCAUUGUCGCUUACGACAGCGGGCAACGGCAGCAAUGUUUUGCCCACUUAUGACCUGACAAACAGCGGCGGCUCCUCGGGUGCACCCAGCGGCGGUGCUGCUAGCACCACAAGCCUAGAAUUCUACGCCAAGUCAACGAUGACCACACACAAUUACUCCUCACCCUCACCCACGCCAUCCAUACAAUCCAUUUCGAGUAUUGGCGGCCGUAGUUCGUUGGGCAGCGAGAGUCCGCGCGUAAAUGUGGAGACAGAAACACCUUCGGCCACACCGCCUGUCUCGGCGAGCGCCUCACCGGUGCCCUCACUGACGGACACCAAUGCCACCGGCGGCCCAGCUUCACCGAUUAUCAACAUUAAUGGCAAUAGCAACAAUAACAAUAGUGACGCGUUGGACAACAACAACGAGAACAGCAUAAACAAUCAUAAUUGCAAGCAGAGCAGUGGUGGCAGCAGCUUGGGUGCCAGCAGUGGUACACCAUCGCGCUCGACACCACUGUCCAGCCACUCGCCACCGGCUAACCAGAGUGGCAGUGCCGGUGUUUCAACAAAUUCAAGCUCGUCAGCUGCGGCUGCCGCUAGCCAGGCGGCAGCGCUUUAUGCUGCCCGCCAAAAUGGUUUUCUCGAAUUGUUGCUCAGUCCGGACAAGUGCCAGGAGAUCAUACAGUAUCAGGUGCACAAUUCGAUACUCUUCCCGGCGCUGCCACAGCAAUUAAUCGGCGUCGAUUCGCGGCUACUAUCGUGGGAAAUGCUGCAAGAGACAACUGCACGUUUGCUUUUCAUGGCUGUGCGGUGGGUUAAGUGUUUGAUGCCCUUCCAGACGCUCACCAAGAACGACCAACAUUUGCUGCUGCAGGAAUCCUGGAAGGAGUUAUUCCUCCUCAAUCUCGCCCAAUGGACAAUUCCACUCGAUCUCACGCCCAUCCUCGAAUCACCACUCAUCAAAGAGCGCGUGCUCCAAGACGAAGCCACCCAGAUAGAGAUGAAAACCAUACAGGAGAUACUCUGCCGUUUCCGCCAAAUCGCGCCCGACGGCAGUGAGGUCGGCUGCAUGAAAGCCAUCGCGCUCUUCGCACCCGAAACGGCUGGCCUCUGCGAUGUGCAACCGGUAGAGAUGUUGCAAGAUCAAGCGCAAUGCAUACUCUCCGAUCAUGUGCGGCUACGCUACCCACGACAAGCGACGCGCUUCGGACGUCUACUGCUGCUGCUGCCCUCACUACGUACCAUACGUGCAGCUACCAUUGAGGCGCUCUUCUUCAAGGAGACCAUUGGCAAUGUGCCCAUAGCGCGACUCUUGCGGGAUAUGUAUUCAAUGGAGCCGGCGCAGGUGGACAAGUGAAGUGCAAUGCGACGCAUUGGAAAUUAAAGUGAAAAUAAAAUGCGAAAAAUUAUUAUUGUUUGAGUGUAUAAGGCAUACAUGCAUAUGUGUGCAGAGAGGGAAAAAACUAAAAUUGCAAGCAUUUAGUUGUAAUAUGAAAAUAUAUACAUGCAUAAGCAAGGGCCUAAGCAUGAAGCAGCCAAGCGAAAGUGGACGUUGAGGUUGGUGAAGUGAACGUAGAGGAGGGUGGCGGCUCGUGCGACAGCUAAUGCCAGUGCUGCUGCUCCUACCGGUAUUUAAUGCUUGCAGUUAAUGUUGUUGCAGUCAGCAUUGACGUGCGUGUGUGUGCAUGCGAGUUGGCGCGCAGCUGACGGAAUUCACAGCGCCUCCGCUUACGUGCCACCGCUGCGCUGCUGAUUCUUCUUCUUCGUACAAAGGUGACAGUAUUAUGGCAUGAACGGCCAUCAUCGUUUGCCGUUGUCAAUGGUGUUCUUUUCUAAUAUCGCAGCGUCGCAUUGCCAAGCAUUCUGCAAUUGAGUUAAUACAUACAUUUGCGCUCAUAUGUGUGUGUGUGUGUAAAGGCAUAACGGCAAAAUAAAAAUUCCAGUUAGAAAUAAAUACUUGUGUGUGUGUGUGUGUGUGUGUAUUUGUGUUGGCGCGCGGGUGCUAGCAAAUGAUUUAUUCCGCUGGCAAUUUCUUUAUUUAUUUUCCAUUCGACAUUUUGCCCGCGAACCUCGUCAUUCCCGUCCUGCUUUCUGUUACUCUCAUUCAGUGCUAAAUCUUAUAUUAUUUUUUUGCAUUUUUUUUUUUCUAUUUUUGAUAUCAUCAUAUCACAUCUCACCUGUGCCACCCACCAAAGCUUUCAGCUACAAUAUUACCCAGCACUGAUGCUGAUUGCUUGCUUCUAAUUUUGUUUUUUUUUUUUUUUGUUCAUUCCUGCCAAUAUCCGUCGGCUAUUUGUGCUCAAUCUCGCUUUGGAAAAAUGUAUGGACUCUACAUUUGAUAUUUUAAAUUUAUGAUUUUUCCCAUCUUCCUCACUUGCCGCCACCUGCCGCAGCACUGCGCCAACUUGCGCUGAGCCGUUAUGCGCAUCGCAUUUCAUUGCGAGUUUAGAAGUAAUGAAAAAAUAACUUUGCCGCCGGCGUUUCUAAAUUCAAUUCAAUUGGACACUCCAACGGCAGCGCAAAUGUAAAAACAGUUAGUCAGAAAAAAUAUGGAUGAAAAAAUAAAAAUACAAAUUGCAGUUGAAAUAAAUUGUGUAAAAUUUUGCUACACCUCACACAGCUGCGCGCAAUUGUAAUAGCUUGUCGAUUUAUAUGAAGCUGAUUUCGUUUUUUUUUUUUAAUGUAACUGUUUUAAUGAUUUUUAGGCCAUCAAAAAUCAGCUUUUUUCUUCUUUAUAUGCACACAGAAUUCGCAUAUUUUUUCAAACACCUAAAAUUGCAUUUUGGCACCAAAAAUGUUAAAUAUGAAGGUUAUAAAAUUAAAUGUUAACGCUAGAGUUGUUAUUUUAAUGCAUCAAGAAAUAUGGUGCACACUUAAAAAAUGACGAAAGGUAUCAAAAAACGCAAAAUCAAAAAUAUUUAAUAAUAAAAAUAAAUAAUGUGAAGUAGCGAUAGUUCGCUGUGGACCAUAUAAACUUGUAAACUACUAUGUACAAACUGAAAAACUAUGACUAGAAAAUUAUAAUAUUUUUAUUUAAUUUAAUUUAACAACCUGCCGUAAGGAAUAGUCGUUUUGUCUGAGCCACAUUAAAAUGUUUUUUUUUUUUCGAGUGAUAUUCCGAGGUUUGCGAUUGUCGUCGCUUCAGAUUCUUUGUCAUACCUUUAGCAUGGAACAGUAACGACAGAAAAAUAGCCCGCAUCGUGCAAAGCGUUUAAAAGCUUUCACUACAAAGUAAAAGUAUUCGCUGGCCGUCGCUGCUCUGAAUAUCGUUGAAUGUGAUAAUAUUUAGAGUUCAAGAUUUCGCGCAAUCGUCAACUAUCCAGCAUAACCAAUAAAUCUCCCAAAAGUGUGUAUCUGUCGCAAUCGUCUAGGACCUCGAAGCAGCCAAGACGAAGACAUGUCAUGAAUAAAACCGAACCGAAUAAAAGCACAUUUUAUUGGCCAUUGUUUCAUAUGCUCACAAAGUACGAGCACUCUCUCGUCGUCAUUGCUCUAAAACAGCGAUGGACAGAGAGAGCUUUUACUCUGCAUGCGCCUAUACAAAAUACAUAUAUAGAAAGCUUAAAAGAGCUGUGCCCGCGGAUAAGGUGAUGCCCAUCACCACUCUAAAAGCACAGAGCUUUUUCAAGCUUGUUAUACAUUUUAUAAAAAUGGGCCCGGAUCGGUGGUGGCCAUCAGCUUGCCCGCGGACAAAGCUCUGCAAAGCUUUCUAUACAAAAUGUAUACAAACCUUGAAUGAGCUUUGCCCACGGACAGGCGGUACCGGACCACCGACGUAGAGUGAAAGCUUUAUCGGAUUGCCACUGUUCUAAGCCAGUGUUGGAUACAGUAAUCUUUUAAAAGGGUACAGAGUGCGUUUGAAUCAGCGACGGUCAGAGAGAGCUUUUACUCUGUUCACGUCUAUACAAAAUAUAUAGAAAGCUUAAAAGAGCUUUGCCCGUGGGCAAGGCGUUGCCCAUCCGUGGUUUAAAUGCUUUGGCACGCGUGUCCAUGAUGUAGCCAACCCAACAACUUAAAGGAAAUUAAAGUAAAGAUAGGAAAGGAUUGUAGAAAUUUGAAAACUUUUAAAUUCUUGUUUCAAUUUAAUUUUUGCUUCAAAUUAGCAAACGAUAAUUCAGAUUAUAUUCUAAGUAGCUACUAGACAAAUAAAUAAUAAAACAAUAAUUGCAUAGUUAAUAUAUAAAUUUGUUUAUCCUAAAUGUGAAUGAAUAGUUAUAUACUUAUAGAGAACUAAAAGUUAUUUUUAAGUCAAAUAUAGACCCAUACUUGUAAAUGCAUAUAUGUAUAAAAAAAAAAAAAAUAUGUCAUAUUCUUCAUUAUGCAGUUAGUAGAGUUAUGCAUACAUAUCUAUAAUCAUCAUG